AGAGAGAGUGGAGGAGGGAAGAUGAGGACGAAGAGGAGGAGGUAGAGUACAGAUUGGACGUGGGAUGCAGGAGGAAGCAUUAAAUGGGACGCUACCAACUCCGCAACACAUGCCCCGAAAGCAACUGGCCAUCUCUCUCUCUCUCUUUCUCUCUCUAUUGUGGAAUAAUAAAUCCUCCCCAAUUCUGAAAAGGAAAAGCUACUGAUCCUUUGGCAUCCAUUAUGAGCAUUUGCUUCUAAUUGUAGGGAUACCCGAGCACCCUUUUCCUUUCUUUCUAAAGCUUUCUGUUGCCAUCACUAGGCAAGAAAGAACCUCAACACCACCAAUCCCAGGGAAAAGCAAAAUUCCUUUCUCUCGUCAGAAAUAAAAAGAUCAGAGAAUCAAGCACUUUAUAUCACUGGUCUUUAUGGCUCUCUCUUUAUGAGCUCUUCAAUAUUUUUGCUCUAUAAAUCUCAGCCUUUCAGGUUUUUGGCACCCCAUAAAUGAGCACCAGACAUUCUCCAAACCUAUGGUGAGGAAAAGGAAUAGGAAGAUAAAAGUUGUCAUCAACAGAGACCCACCUAACCAAUCCCUUUCUUGAUCAAACUCACACGAUUAGUGGAAAUUGGACUUCAUUGAUGGCCCUUCGUUGAUGUUUUUCUAGCAGAGUUCUUAUCCAAGUAAAAUCUAGGCCUUCACGACUCACCCAGUGGUCUUAUGUGUCAUGUGAUCCACCUCCUGAUCUUUUUCGGGAUUCCAACCCACUGCUCAUUUACAGAGAAACAUACAAGUCUUUCAUGGUUUUCCUCCCGUUCUUGAAAGUUUUUAUUUAGAGGAAUCCUAUUCUCUGUUACUCCAGAAGGCCAAACUCUUUGGGGUCAUAAAAAUUGAAAGAAGCAUGUGAAUACUGAUUAUAUCAUUUUGACUUUCUUGGUCCUGUUUCAGGAGUGUUUUCACAUGUUGGUUGCUUAAUUAGUCCUCUUCUGCUUCUGGUGAGACUCAAGAUUCGAAGCUUUGUGGUGUCUCACUCGCGCUAAAGAAAUAGUGAUUUCCAUUUCUUUUUCUCUACGUCAGGUUUUUUUUCUUUUCGCUGCAAUCUUCUUGCUGAAAAUUCUAUUUUUAUGAAGAGUCUACCCUCAAGGUGCAAAUUUGUGCUGCUUCUUUUUGGUUUUCUCUAGUGUCGUCAGAAAGUCUCUUGGGCUCUCUACUGUCGUCAGAAACUCUCCUCGGUCUACUGUCAUCAGAAACUCUCUUGUUACCUCUGAAGUGUUCUUUAUUCCCUUGGGGUGGCUCUUCAAGGAAGUCUUCUUGCAUACAUCAAACAUGCUCACACCAUCCUAUUGGUGAGCUUUGCUUCCUUUUUCUGAAGCAAAGAAGAACCAUCAGUUUCAUGCUUUGAGAACCCGAGAACCUAAGUUCGUAUCCAUUCUUUAUGAAAAGCAACCGAAAGACCAAAUUUCUUGAUGUUCUUUGAAUCAUUAGAAUGGGUUGUGUUAAUGGCAAGUGUUGCAGAGACUAUCCGGAGUCAUCUGAUUGGGAAAGAGGGGUUUUGGUGUAUGAUGGGAAUGGCGAGAGAGUAAUCUAUCAAAAGAAUGUCCAGAGGUUAACAGAGUGCUCGGUUGAGGUAAUCCAUAUUCCCUCUCACGAUUUCCGACUCAAGUAUUCAUUUUACACUCAGAAAGGCUACUACCCUGAUUCCCCAGACAGGGAAAACCAAGAUAGCUUUUGUAUCAAAACCCAACUUGGUGGUGACCCAAAUUUCCAUUUCUUCGGCGUCUUCGAUGGUCAUGGCCAGUUUGGCGCUCGGUGUGCUAAGUUUGUCAGGGAUCAUCUGGUUGAGUGUCUGGUGAAUAAUCCUGACUUCUUGGAUGACCCUGUGAAGGCUUACAAUUCGGCAUUCUCGGCUACCAACUCACUGCUACAUGCAAGCGAUAUAGAUGAUUCCAUGAGUGGAACAACUGCUAUAACUGUCUUUGUUAAAGGUAAUACUCUGUUUGUUGCCAAUGUCGGGGACUCUCGAGCUGUGCUUGGAGUAAGAAGGGGGAGCUCAGUUGUUGCUGAGGAUCUAUCUCUUGAUCAGACGCCUUUUCGGAAGGAUGAGUAUGAAAGAGUUAAGCUCUGCGGUGCUAGAGUCCUGAGUGUUGAUCAAAUAGAGGGAAUCAAGGAUCCUAAUGUGCAGAGUUGGGGUGAUGAGGAGAGCGACGACGGCGAUCCUCCUAGACUUUGGUUGCCUAAUGCAAUGUACCCUGGGACAGCAUUUACAAGGAGUCUUGGCGAUAGCAUGGCAGAGAAGAUUGGUGUGAUUUCAGUUCCUGAGGUUAAAGUGGUUCAUCUCAAUCAAGAUCAUAUGUUUUUCGUUAUUGCAAGUGAUGGGGUUUUCGAAUUCCUCUCAAGUCAGGCUGUUGUUGACAUGGUGUCUGCAUUUAAGGAUCCCCGAGAUGCCUGUGCUGCAAUUGCUACAGAAUCAUACAGAUUAUGGUUAGACCACGAGAGUAGAACAGAUGAUAUCACAAUCAUCAUUGUCCAGAUCAAUGGUUUACAUAUUCCAGGUGCCAGUGAUGGAGAAAAUGGAAGCUACAUCAAACCGACUAUGCAGAAUGGGCAAAGAAACUGGUGAUAGGUCAGCUCUGACAGGGUAUAUAUCGGAAGCUUUACAUUCAAGAUGAAGAAGUCCCCCAUGCCGCAAGCCUGCGUACUCAAGAUGUUUUGUCCCGAAAGAAUCCUGCAUGUGUUCUUCAUUCAUCAGGAGACGGCACAAAUGGUUUCAGAAGGGAAUCCCUUGCGACUUUUUUAACGUUACAAAACUCAGAUGCUUCUGUAGCAACGAAUAUUAUGCUUCUAGGUCUUGUCGUCCAUGUCGAUUCACAGAGCCAUACGACACUCCACAAUUAUGCCUGCAGAGUUUAACGCAGGUGUGUUCCGUUCAGUGUUUCGGCCUGAGAAAAUUGACGGUAGCUCCAUCUAAGUACUUCAAUCCCUGCAACAUUUUAGCUGCAGGUUUAAUAACCAUAAACGAAUCAGCAUACUUUGUUUCUGCAAUUUUGCUGCCACCGAUGAAGCUUUAAAGCUGUCUUCACCCAUCUGCUUGGUAUGGGUAGAAGAAACUUGUCACUAACCUGAAGAUGACAUCAGGAUACGAAAAGGAAAUUUAUUUGACCGUCUUUCCUUUUA